CUUAAAACUGACUUUGGGGCUCAGUUAUCCAAAAUGUCUAUGCAUGCAUGGAGCCCACUAGCACCCAAAUCCCACCGUACAAUUUCCAAGUGUCAACCUCCUUGCCUCUUUUGCUUCAGGCUGCCUUUCUCUCAUUCUCUCAUUGGCCAAAACCACACUUAAAUUUGCCCCAAAUCCCACCGUACAAUUUCCAAGUGUCAACCUCCUUGCCUCUUUUGCUUCAUGCUGCCUUUCUCUCAUUGGCCAAAACCACACUUAAAUUUGCCCCAGAACCCAUCAAUCCCUCUCUGCAACCAAUUUCUCCCCUGCCUCUAAACUCUCUGCAUCUCUAACAAUUAGAAAAUCAUUCAGCAUUUUCUUCUAAAACACUCGGGGCUUCUUGGCUCCUCUCGCUAGAGAAGGCAAGGUAAACGUCGGUAAAAAUCAGUCAAGCAUAAAGAGAAAUUACCAACCAUGAUCAAAACUCUGAGUCCCUGCUCUAACACGGCAAAAACAGCUGAAAUUAUGUCAAGGUACAGGCCUAUAGCUCCAAAGCCUGAGGGUUCAAUGGAUGAGAGUUCAUCCAUGCCUCCAUAUUUAAGGACCCUUUGGCCACAAAUGCAGGCUAGGCCUACCAGAACCAGGAAGAGAGGUAGAGCUGCCGUAUCACCACUUACCAUCAAACGACCAAGAACCCAUUUGCUGGGACUCUCUUCUCCUAGUCAUGCAACAUACUCUGCCAAACAUCUCUCCUUGCAGGGUUUUGCUCAUGGAAUUACUCAGCUUCCAGUUCCAAACCUGGUUGGGAUCAACUGCGGCAUGGAAAAUUCAGUUUCCGUGUCAUCAAAUCUAGUAACACUUCCACUUCUUCAGAGUCCAACAGUUGCUGUUGUUGAAAACCAAGCAGCGGCUCCUGAACUUAGUUGCCAGGAACCAAAUAGAGACAAAGUCAUAGAUUUGAACACCGUGGCUGAAACUUCCGAAGAGAGGGAUCCCCUACAGCAAUUACAGGAGCCUAGCACCAGCAAUGUUAUAGCACCUCAACCCGUUCGACCGGUAUGCUCAAGCAUAAGCGUUGCCAGCAUCAAUGAAGACCCAAGCCCCAUCCCACCUGUGAAAGUUCCAAAGAAGCCAGAGGAAAUUGAGGAAGAGGUUGAGUCCGAGGUCUUGCCAAUAGUGAUAACUGAUUCCAACAAAAAAGUGAGGCUAGCAAAUUCUGCUUACAAAGAAAUGGUGGGUCAGCCAGAAUGUUCCUGGCUUGGCUCAUUGAUGACUUCUGAUGGACGAUUUGCAGGCAGCUCAUGCAAGAGGAUAUGUGGGGAGGUGGUAUUUCAUCUCUCUGAUUUGAGAGUGCCAGAAUCUUCAAAUGGGUUUUCAUGCUGGGUGAGGAUAGAAUGGUGCAACAAAGUAAAAAGUAAUGUGAUCAAUACUUUUUGUGAUGUUAUCAGAUUAUCCUGCGAGUCCAAGGAUUACCUCUUUAGGUGGAGGUUCCACAUUCGAACUAGCAAGGAUUCUCUGUCCAAGACCGAUGCUUAACUGUUUUGUUGUAUGCAGUAGUUUCCUAGAAAGCGCAGCCAUGGUAGAUGUAUACAUAAGACGUCAAUAGUGAAUGUCUAAAUGCUUAUAAGAUCUUCCCUUCCGUUUGACUCUUCUUGGGACAAGCGGUGGUUAGAAUAUCCCUGUCAAGAUCCCUUCCGCCAAACAAAAGAUAUUUACCACGCAA